AUGGCACAACCGAAACGCAUCACACGGCGGCCGUCGCCCCUCGGUAACUCGGGGGUGCGAGAGCCGAACCCGGCGCACAACAGCGGCCGUCCAGGCUGGCAGCCCCGCCGGCAGCCUCUCCCCGUGCCCGGAGGCCCCGCCGCGGGGGCGCCUCCCGCCCGCCAGCCCUCCGGGCUCCCUCCGGCCCUCAGCGACGCGGGCUCGCCGGCAGCCCGCUCCCCUGAGCAGGCCCCGCCGAGACCGAGGCUCGCUGCGUGCCUAGGCCCUGCCGACCCCUGGGGACCCUCCGCGGUUCCCCCCCCCGCCGAGAGGCGACGCCAGCCACCUCCUCCCGCCCCGGCCCCGGCCCCCGCGCCCCGCCACGGGCGCCCCGCUCGGGGCGACGGCCGCGAGCGCUCUCGGGGCGCGGGGGGGCGCGGGGGGCGCGAGGCCGCCCGGAGCCCGGCACGUCACUCACCGCGCGACCGCCACGAGACCGCGGCUCCUCUGCUCCGCCGGUCCCGCCCCCUCUGCCGGUCCCGCCCCCUCUGCCGGUCCCACCCCCUCUGCCGGUCCCACCCCCUCUGCCGGUCCCGCCCCCUCUGCCGGUCCCGCCCCCUCUGCCGGUCCCGCCCCCCUCCCCGCGUGCCCCCCCAAGCCCCGCCCGCUCGCGGUUCCCCUUCCGCCUUCCCCCUCCCCGCGCCGCCGCCGUCCCGCCGCGGCCGCAAAGUGCGCCGGUGCCGGACAGAGCGUUUACGACAUCGCGGGGCGGCGGCGGGUCCCUGA